AUGUUGAGCCGGGCGGCGCCGCCUCUCAUUUGCUACCGAGAUGACAGAACUUGGGGUUUUCAUCACUUGGGUUCCUUGCAUCCCCAGAAUACGACCAAGUGGCUUGGCUUGUGGUCGACGCCCGGGCGGUUUCAGCUGGUGAUGCCUUGGACUCGAUAUAUUCUUGCAUCGAGUAACAAGGACUCGCGAAAACCUGUUCUCAUGAACAAGCCCAUGAUCCCGAUGACACUCCCUUUCUCUCGUGAGACCGCGAUGGCAUCCAUCCCAUCCACUCCGGCCAAGGCGAGCCCUCGCUCCCGACGGGGCUUCUUUCUCGCGAUGGAAGGCACACUCAAGCAGCCCAUCCCCACCCCCCCCCCCCGGGGCCAAGGCAAGGCAAACAGGUUUAGAUACAUACAUGUGAGAUGUGACUGGCCAGUGGCCGCCGCAGACGACGGACACCUGCCCGUGUCCAAGACUUUCUGUGAUGGCGCAACCACCCGGGGUGGUCGGACGGCGGUGGGAUAUGACAAGGCGAUGGCAGGACAGGUGUUUCUGUCGUGGUCACAAACCAGGCUGGGUUACAACCCGCACCACGACCAAAAAUACUUAUUAAUACGGUGGUGGUUCGCGCCGCGCCGUAGGCCGCGUCUCCCGCUAUUUAUGGGCCAUGGCUUUUGGAGCGAACCCUCCCCCGUAUUUGGUCACUUUACCAGCACAAACAGGCGUGACCCGGCGGCGACGCCGCAACUUCUGGUCCUCGGCGGCUUGAAAAGGCAUCCGGGGCGCUCAGCCUUUGCGAGCCAUGGCCCGACUUUGCACCGCGCCGAUGCGGUGAGAGACGGUGGAAGAAGGCGCGCAGCUGAGAGGGUGCUUGUUCUUAUCCGAUACCUCAUUGGCUGGGUGUCAGCUGAGGUCGGUUUGGACGCGCAAAGUCGGUAUACCAUGGGUGCUGCGUACGGCGGCUGUGAGGACGGAAUGAUGGAUGCUCCGAAACCCUGGGCAGAGGAGCGGGAUAGCAGCGGAUGCAGCGAUGGGAAAGAUGCCACAGCAGCUGAUUCGGACAACGCCCGGUGGAAUUAG